AUGUCUUCCACCACUGCCACCAGAACCACCACCACCACCACUCACAGCAACAUGACCGACGACGAGCUUGACCGCGACUGGAAGCCCAAUGGCCGUCGCCCGCAAUCCACCAUUGCGCGCAACUUCUCCCAGGAGCUGAUGGACAUCUUCCGCAUCGACAAGGACAUCACCGACCUCGCCGACCAGGGCGACAAGCGGUCAGCCCCCGCCAAUGCCAACAACGCCAACGCCACGAUUGACAUCGACCUCGACGCCCGAAAGCAAGAAGUCGACAAGAAGGCAUCCGAACUCGAAGCCCUCGAGAGGCGUCUCCGUGAGAUGGAGGAGAAACUCAAGAGUCAGUACCCAGCAGCUGCCAUCGGCACCCAGGCAAAGCCAUCACAACUCCACACUCCCCAGAACCAGCAACAAAACAAGGGCAGGCCAGGGUCCGCGAGACAGAGCCAACAGGCGCCAGUUUCCGGAGCGAUGCCGCCUACUCCGAUAGGAAGUGAAGACGGCGACCGUGAACACCACCACUGA